ACUUGGUAGUUGAGACUUGGAGAAACUAACGACUUUGGGGAACUUUCAGAGAGAGAGAGAGAGUUAAUUAAAGUGAUUAUCAUAUGAUUGUCUCUCUCUGUACCUUCUUUUUAUAACUUCAACCCCCAACUAUGCCUUCUCUGUGUCUCUUUUAUUUUCAUGUGUUUCUCAUUCAUUAUCUGUCUUCAACAAACCCAAAGGUGUCAUGAGAAUUCCAAACAUUUUCAAAGCAAAUAACACCCUCCGCCCAGAAUCUUCGAACCCAGUUCGUGAAAAUCUCGUUCACAAACCCAACCCUAAACACAAUGGAUUCAAACCUUCUGUGUUUCGUCUUUUGCGGCGACUCAUGUCUGGAAAUAAGAUUGAUGGGGGGUCGCGGACGGAAGAAGAAGACAAGGUGUACUCUUGGUUAUACGCCUUGGCCCAAUCGGAAAAAGACAUGGUGUUUGAAUAUGUACGAUCAACUGAAAGAGGUUUGAGCUUCACUGAAGCUGAGAGGAGAUUGAAGGAAAAUGGCCCAAAUAUUCCUCUAGAAUAUACUUUUCCAAGCUGGUGGCAUCUUCUGUGGAGUGCCUUUUUUCACCCUUUCAAUAUUAUUUUGAUUGUUUUGUCAGCCCUCUCGUACUUAGCUAGUGACAGUCCCAAUGGAUGCAUCAUGCUCGUAUUGGUCUUCAUAAGCGUCUCCCUCCGGUUUUACCAGGAGUAUGGGAGUUCAAAAGCAGCAAUGAAGCUCUCAGAAUUUGUUCGAUGCCCAGUUAAAGUUCAAAGGUGUGCAGGCAGAGUUGUUCAGACUGAAUUAUUGGUUCAAGUUGACCAAAGAGAUGUUGUUCCUGGUGACAUUGUAAUUUUUGAACCUGGCGACCUUUUUCCUGGUGAUGUGAGGCUACUAACUUCAAAACACUUAGUUAUAAGUCAGUCAUCCUUGACAGGGGAGUUUGGAACAACUGAGAAAACAGCUGAUAUAAUAGAAGAUCAGAGCACACCUUUGCUAGAUUUGAAGAAUAUAUGCUUAAUGUGUGCUCACUUGGUAGUACCUAUUGCGUGCAAGCCCGGGACACGCACCCUGUCUAUCCUUGGAACUCCGACUUUGAUACCAUGUUGGCUGUACAUCAUAAUGUCUUAUCUUACGGGAACGAGUGUAAUAUCAGGUAGCGGAACUGGUCUAGUUGUUUCCACUGGAUCCAAGACUUAUAUGAGUACCAUGUUUUCAAAUAUAGGGAAGCAGAAGCCACCAGAUGACUUUGAGAAAGGCAUUCGGUGUAUAUCUUAUGUGCUUGUCAUUCUUAUGCUCAUAAUAGUUAUUAUUAUAGUCCUAGUUGAUUACUUCACAUCGCUUGAUUUGAGCGAGAGUAUUCUUUUUGGGAUCUCAGUUGCUAGUGCACUCACUCCUCAGAUGCUUCCCCUGAUUGUAAACACUAGUCUUGCAAAGGGAGCACUUGCUAUGGCCAAAGACAGGUGUAUUGUCAAAAGCUUAACUGCCAUACGAGACAUGGGAUCCAUGGAUAUCCUAUGUAUUGACAAGACUGGCACACUUACUGAGAACUGUGCAAUCAUGAUUAAUCAUUUUGAUAGUUGGGGCUCAUCCGAGGAAAAGGUUCUGCGUUUUGGUUUCCUUAAUGCUUACUUCAAGACUGAACAGAAAUAUCCUUUGGAUGAUGCAAUUUUGGCAUAUGUAUACACAAAUGGAUACAGAUUUCAGCCAUCCAAGUGGACAAAGAUAGAUGAGAUUCCUUUUGAUUUUACACGAAGAAGAGUAUCUGUCAUCUUAGAAAUGGAAUUGAAUGCCAAAGACAAGAGCAACAGAAUUGUGAUAACCAAAGGUGCACUAGAAGAAGUAAUAAAAAUAUGUUCUUUUAUUGAGCAUAUUGAUAGUGGUGAAAUUGCAAGGUUCUCUGUCGAAGACCAUCAGAGGAUUCUAAAUAUAGGAGAAGAAUUAAGCAAUGAUGGAUUGCGGAUUAUAGGAGUCGCAAUGAAAAGAAUAGCAACGCAAACAGGUAACAGAAAUGUUGCUUAUGACGACAGUGUUGAAUGUGAAAUGGUGUUCCUUGGUCUUAUAUCUUUCUUCGAUCCACCAAAGGAAUCUGCUAAGCAAGCACUGUGGCAGUUGGCGGAAAAGGGAGUAAAAGCGAAGGUAUUAACAGGCGAUUCACUCUCCCUAGCGAUAAGGAUUUGCAAAGAAGUCGGAAUCAGAACUACCCAUGUGAUUACAGGACCUGAUCUUGAGUUACUCAGCCAUGACUCCUUCCACGAGACUGUUAAAAGAGCAACAGUGCUGGCCAGGCUCACACCUACUCAGAAACUACGGGUAGUGCAAUCUCUGCAGACAGUUGGAGAACAUGUAGUUGGGUUCUUGGGAGACGGAGUAAAUGACUCUCUUGCAUUGGAUGGUGCCAAUGUUGGAAUAUCAGUAGAUUCAGGGGCUUCAAUUGCAAAAGAUCUUGCCGACAUUAUCUUACUGGAAAAAGACCUCAAUGUUCUUGUUGCCGGAGUUGAGCGGGGUAGACUUACUUAUGCAAACACAAUGAAGUACAUAAAGAUGUCAGUUAUAGCCAAUAUAGGAAGUAUUCUUUCUCUGCUCAUAGCUAUUAUAGUUCUUAGGUUCGAGCCCUUGACACCAAGACAGCUUCUUACACAGAACUUCUUGUACAAUGUCGGCCAGAUUGCAAUCCCCUGGGACAAGAUGGAAGAGGACUAUGUGAAAACACCGCAGAAAUGGUCACUCAAAGGCCUAGCAAUUUUCAUCUUGUGGAACAGUCCUGUGUGCUCUCUAUGCGACAUAUCAACCGUCUUAUUCAUUUGGCUUUAUUACAAGACUUAUUCUCCAUUGGACAUUAUAUUCUUCCGAUCUGCUUGGUUUGUUGAAGGGCUGCUCAUGCAAACCCUAAUCAUCCAUUUGAUCAGGACAGAGAAGAUCCCCUUCAUUCAAGAGGUAGCCUCAUGGCCUGUGAUUUGUUCCACACUUGUGAUCUCUGCCAUUGGAAUUUCAAUUCAAUACACACCAAUCGGAUCUGUGAUGGGAUUUACACGUUUGCCACUCUCGUAUUUUGGAUUUUUGGUUGUGCUUUUUAUAGGGUAUUUUACAGUAGGCCAGAUAGUCAAGAGAGUAUAUAUUCUGGUGUAUAAGACAUGGCUUUAGAUAAAAAAAAAUUAAAAUCAUAUGACAGAAUGCUGUCACAAAAAUUAUUAGAAAAUCAACACACAAAAAAAAAAAAAUUCCGUUUUUGUAUUAUUGAGUGUAA